AUGCUCAGGCGAGGGGCAAGAGUCAGCGUGUAUAUCGUACAGAGACGCUUCGCAUCGGUAACCCUGACACAGGGACGGAGAGGCACACGAGGCGACAAAGCCAAAUUCACCCCAAGUAUAGUUAAUACAAAAUUCAUGGAAGGAGCAUCGACAAGCUACGUAACAUUCGAUGGGGUCUCAGAAAACCCGAACAUCGUAGAGGAGGAACAUAAGGUGCUCUCCUACUGGAAGAGUAUCGACGCGUUUAAUACGUCGAACAAGCUAGCCAAAGGAAAAAAGGCCUUUAUAUUUUAUGAUGGGCCACCUUUUGCCACGGGUCUUCCACAUUAUGGGCAUCUUCUCGCAGGAAUUAUAAAAGAUUGCGUUACCAGAUACAAUUAUCAAUGCGGGUUCUCAGUGGAGAGGAAAUUUGGAUGGGAUUGCCAUGGACUACCCAUCGAGUACGAAAUAGAAAAAGAAAACAACAUUAACAAAAAGGAAGAUAUCUUAAAAAUGGGUAUUGAUGUAUAUAAUGAAAAAUGUAGAAACAUUGUUCUGAAAUAUUCCAACGAGUGGGUCAAGACGGUUGAGAGGAUUGGCAGAUGGAUUGAUUUUAAAAAUGAUUACAAAACCAUGGAUACAACAUUUAUGGAGAGUGUUUGGUGGGUUUUUAGUGAACUGUACAAAAAGAAUUAUGUGUAUAAAUCCUUUAAGGUGAUGCCCUACUCAUGCAAAUGUAACACACCCAUUUCUAAUUUUGAACUUAACCUUAAUUACAAGGAUACUCCAGAUCCAAGUGUUAUCGUCAGCUUUGUUCUUUUGUCUGAUUUCCCUUCAGUGGAGGAGGAGUGCCAGGUAGAAGAGGCGAAAGAACUCUUGGGGGAGAAAUUUGCUGUGUUGUAUAAUGAGAAAAGGGAGGAGUGGACACAAGGGGAGAGUACAAGUAAAUGUGUUUCUUUCCAUGGAGAUAGUGAAAUCCUGGCGUGGACCACUACCCCCUGGACGCUACCAUCGAAUUUGGCUCUCUGUGUGAAUGAGAACUUCACAUACCUUCGUAUUCAUCAUGUGAAAAGCAAUCGAGUAGUCAUCGUAGGGGAGUGUAGACUGGAAUGGGUUCUGAAGGAACUGAAGUGGAAUGUUGAGGAUUUGAAAAUUAUAAACCGAUUCAAAGGAAAGUAUCUAAAGGGGUUGAGAUAUAAACCCCUUUUCAACUACUUCUAUGACAAAUACAAUUUUAAGGAAAGAGCAUAUAAAAUUUUGGCGGACGAUUUUGUAACAGACGAUGCGGGUACAGGGAUAGUGCACUGCGCACCGACAUACGGAGAAGACGAUUUUAGGGUGUGCAAAAAUAAUGGAGUUAUUGACCCGGAAAAAUCUAUCUUCAUUGAUCCUGUGGAUGCAAAUGGAUAUUUCACUAACGAAGUAGAAAUAGUUCAGAACCUUUAUAUUAAAGAAGCAGAUAAUGUGAUAAAAAAAUAUUUGAAGAAUGAGAAUCGACUACUAAGCAAUAAUACAAUUGUGCACUCCUACCCUUUUUGUUGGAGAAGCGAUACGCCCUUGAUAUAUAGAGCCAUCCCGGCAUGGUUUAUACGGGUAAGUAAUUCCACCAAAGAGCUUGUAAAAAAUAACGAUACCACUUAUUGGAUUCCUUAUCAUAUUAAAGAGAAAAAAUUCCACAAUUGGAUUGCCGAUGCAAAGGAUUGGUGUAUCAGUAGGAACCGAUACUGGGGUACACCCAUCCCUAUAUGGGCAGACGAAAAAAUGGAGACUGUAGUGUGUGUAGAAAGCAUCUCUCAUUUGGAGCAACUAUCCGGUGUGAAGAAUAUAAGUGAUUUACACAGGCACUUCAUUGAUCACAUCGAAAUAGAUAAUCCUAAGGGGAAGGAGUAUCCCAAACUGAAACGUAUUUCAGAAGUGUUUGACUGUUGGUUUGAGAGUGGCUCUAUGCCAUAUGCCAAGGUGCAUUACCCAUUUAGUACCGCAAAGGAAGAUUUUCAAAACAUAUUUCCAGCCGAUUUUAUCGCAGAGGGGUUAGAUCAGACAAGAGGAUGGUUCUACACUCUCCUUGUUAUUAGUACCUUACUAUUUGAUAAGGCUCCUUUUAAAAACUUAAUUUGUAAUGGUCUUGUAUUGGCUUCAGAUGGAAAAAAAAUGAGCAAAAGAUUGAAAAAUUAUCCAGAUCCCAUGUAUAUUUUAGAUAAGUAUGGAGCUGAUAGUUUGCGACUUUAUCUUAUCAACUCCGUUGCUGUACGAGCUGAAAAUUUAAAGUUUCAAGAAAAGGGUGUUAAUGAAGUGGUUAAAAGUUUUAUCCUUCCGUUUUAUCAUAGCUUUAGAUUUUUUUCACAGGAAGUUACUCGAUAUGAAUGUUUGAAUAAGAAGGAAUUCCUCUUUGAUGAAAUAUGGGUUUACAAGAACAGUAAUAUAAUGGAUAGGUGGAUAUUUUCUUCUGUCCAAAAAUUAACGAAACAUGUGCACGCUGAGAUGAAGGCAUACAAACUUUACAAUGUUCUUCCGAAACUUUUGCAGUUUAUUGAGAAUUUAACAAACUGGUACAUACGACUUAAUAGGGAUCGAAUGAGGGGUAGCCUUGGGGAGGAAAACUGCCUGCAGUCUCUUUGUACGACUUAUAAAACGCUUCACCUAUUCACUGUUCUGAUGGCCCCAUUCACUCCCUUCAUUACGGAGUACAUAUAUCAACAGUUGAGGAGGGUGAAGAGUACCGCAGAGGAUACAGGAGCGACGAGCAAUGGAAAGGUGGACCGCGGGGUGACUGAUGAAAGCGUACACUUCCUGAUGGUUCCGCAAGUGGAUGAGAAUUACAACAUUGACGACGAAAUCAUUGAGCUCAUCGAAAAAAUGAAAGCGGUAAUUCUUCUGGGUAGAGUACUCCGAGAGAGGAGAAAGGUAGCGAGCAAAAAGCCAGUAAAGAAGAUUACCAUUUUACAUCCAACGGAAAGUUACUUUGUAAACUUCGAUCAAAUAAAGCACUACAUAAAGGAAGAGUUGAAUGUUCUCCAGGUGGAGUGUUCAAACGAUACGAGUUGCAUUGACUUCACUGCCUUGCCAAACUACAAAACUCUGGGUAGUAAAUUAGGAGGUAACUUGAAGAAGGUGCAGAAUAGUAUAAAAAAUAUGGAUUCUAAAUCCAUUAAGCAAUACCAAAUGGAAGGGAAGAUAACUUUGGACGAAGUGACUCUAGAGGGAGACGAUAUCCUUAUACAGAUGAAGCCGAUUUUUCAAGACAAAAACACAGACAUUAUAAGCAACGAAACCGUAACGAUUCUGAUAGAUUUCAGCACAGAUGAACAACUGGAGAAUAAGGCUAUUGCAAGAGAACUGUGCAACCAUGUACAGAAAAUGAGAAAGAGUCUAUCCUUAAAUCAAAACUCUCCUGUUAAAAUGCAUGUAUAUAUUGCAGACGACACACUUCGCAAUAACAUGGUGAGUGAGAUGGAAUACAUUCAGAAGUGCCUUCGACGCGAACUGAACGUGGUACCUUCCCAGGAGGAUUACGAGGGAAUCGCAGGAAAAAUGCACGACGAGGAAAUCGUGCUGGCCGGCUACCCCGUACGCGUCGUCUUCGCCCACGUUUAG